AUGGCCCCAUCCGAACGACGUCCCUUCGACGAUGAUUCUGAAGAUGAGGAAGAUUUCAACCCAGCGCCUGCCGACUUGUCUGACGAUGAGGACAACGCCAAUGACCAGCUUCAGCGUGAAGCCCGAGACAGCAGCCCUGCGAUCGGUCACCAAGGAGAUGGUGACGACGAUGACGACGAAGGUCGCAGUUUGAAUGCGAGGGCUUCUUCAGACCACCAAGGUUCCGACGAUGAUGAUGAAUCGCCCCGGCGCAAAUCUCGAGGGAACGAUGACGAAGAAGAUGACGAGCAGGAGGGUCGAGCAGAUGACGACGAAGAAGAAGACGAAGACGAAGACGAGGAGGAUGAAGACGACGAAGACGUUCAUCAGGGCCAUCGUCGGAAGCGCCGCAGAGAGAGGCGCAAUGUAUUCCUCGAUAUCGAAGCCGAAGUUGAUGAUGAGGAUGAGGCCGAGGACGAGGAACGAGAUGUUGAGGAGAUAGAAGAUUUCAUCGAUCAUUCCCAUCCAGAUGAUCUUGUCGACACCGAGCGUCUGAACGACACGAAACGCCAUCGCGAACUUGAUCGCCGCCGAGAAGUCGAGGCGGGCCUGGAUGCAGAGAAGCAAGCCGAAAUCUUGAGACAACGAUACGGGAAUCGCCGCCCUACUCGCGGCCCCGGGGACUCGACAGUUAUCCCCAAACGUCUCCUCUUGCCGAGUGUAGAUGACCCCAAGAUCUGGGCAGUGAGGGCCAGGGAGGGCAAAGAGCGCGAGGCUGUUCUGGCCAUUACCAAGAGAAUCGAGGACAGGCUCGGAACCAAGAAUGAAUUGCUCAUUACCUCGGCUUUUGAGCGCGGCGGACCUCAGUCAGUCAUGAAGGGUUACAUCUACGUCGAAGCGCAACGCCAGGCAGAUGUUCUGACGGCUCUGGAUGGUAUCCUCAAUGUCUACCCUCGCAGCAAGAUGGAACUUGUGGAGAUCAAGGAUAUGCCAGACCUGCUUCGGGUCACGAAAACUCCAACUCUAGAGCCCGGUGCUUGGGUCCGUUUGCGCCGCCCCCUAAAGCACGCCGGCGAUCUUGCGCAAGUCCUGGACGUCACCGAAAACGGAUUAGAGGCUCGCGUUCGAUUCAUCCCCCGCCUUGACUAUGGAGUUCGCGACGAAUCCAUGUCCAAUGUCGGCGCCGACGGCAAGAGAAAGCGUCCGAUCGGCCCCGGUCCCCGCCCCCCGCAGCGACUUUUCAGCGAGAUGGAGGCGCGAAAGCGCCAUCCCCGCAACGUCGCUGGAGACAAGAACAUGUUCACAUAUAUGGGUGAGGAGUUCGAGAAUGGAUUCCAAGUCAAGGAUAUUAGGAUUCAACAACUUGUUGUCACGGAUGUCAACCCAACGCUAGAAGAAGUUACGAAGUUCGCGUCGGGUGCCGAGGAUGGUACCGAAAACCUUGACCUCAAGGCCCUAGCUGCCAGCCUCAAAGACUCCAAUGCCCUCGUUACCUACCUGCCGGGAGAUGUCAUUGAAGUUUACGAAGGUGAACAGAAAGGAGUCGUGGGUAGGGCAACGAAUGUGCAAGGCGACAUUGUCACCUUGCAAGUCAUGGAAGGAGCAUUGAGAGGUCAGACCAUCGAUGUCCCCGCCAAAGGUCUCAGGAAACGCUUCAAAGUUGGUGAUCACGUCAAGGUCAUUGGCGGAAGCCGAUACCAAGACGAAGUUGGUAUGGUCGUCAAGAUUUCCGAGGAUCGAGUCACGCUGGUUAUCGAUCAGUCCAGCACCGAGAUCACGGUGUUUAGCAGGGACCUCAGGGAAGCAGACGAUAGCGGAGGCCAGGGUUCCCUUGGCCAGUACGAGCUCUUGGAUCUCGUCCAGCUUGACAACACAACCGUCGGCUGUGUGGUAAAGAUUGACCGCGAGUCUUUAGUCGUCCUUGACCAAAACAGCGAACGCCGACAGUUAAUGCCAUCCCAAAUUGCCAAUAAGUUCCCACCCAAGAAGAACGCUGUAGCCGCUGACCGAAGCGGAUCGGAGAUCCGCGUGGGGGAUGUUGUCCGCGAGUAUGGAAAUCAACAGCGCCGUGGAAAGAUUCUUCACAUUCACCAUGGAUUUGUGUUCCUCCACAGUCACGAACAGAACGAAAAUGCUGGCGUGUUUGUACUACGCGCGGCCAAUGUCAACACGGUGGCAGCGAAGGGCGGCAGAGUUAACGCCACUUCGGGCCCAGACUUGAGCGUUAUGAAUCCGGCCUUGAAACGGAACAACCAGAAUGGCGGUCCAGACGGGAAGAUGGGACCCCCGCCAGCUCCCAAGGUUCUUGGACGUGACAAGGCUAUCGGCCAGACGGUCAUCAUUCGACGAGGAGGCUACAAGGGUCUGUUGGGCAUUGUCAAGGAUACCACGGACACAACGGCGCGCGUUGAGCUUCAUACAAAGAGCAAGACGGUCACAGUUCCCAAGGAUCAUCUGAGUUUCAAGGAUAAACACACGGGAGACCGAAUUGACAUCAACACCAGAGGCCGUGGGCCUCCGAUGGGCAGCAGUGGUGGUUACGGUGGAGGUGGCGGCAGAAAUCCCGAUUGGCAAACUGGUUCACGCACUCCAGCAAUGUCAAGCGGGUCUGAGAGAACGCCCGCCUGGGGUAGUCGAACACCACUACAUGCCGGCGGACGAACUCCCGCAUGGAAGUCGAACAACGACUAUUCUGGCAGCCGAACUCCCGCAUGGCAAGAUGGGUCGCGAACUGUUAACCCCUACGACGGAAGUCGGACCGCGUAUGGCUCCGGUUCACGAACACCUGCCUGGCAGUCGGGUGGUAGAACGCCUGCCCCGGAUAGCUAUGGUCACGGAUCGAGAACCCCUGCAGCCUAUGCCAAUGAUAGUUGGUCUGGGUCGAAGACCCCAGGCUAUGGUGUUUCUGCGGCCACUCCCGGAGCCAGCGGCGCCGACUCUUGGGGGUAUACACCUGGAGCGAGUGGAUCAUCUAACGCAUUUGACGCCCCUACCCCAGGUGCGAUGCUAGGAGCCCCGACCCCUGCUGCGAUGAAUGCGCCUACUCCGGGAGCCUACUCCGCACCAACGCCCGCCGCAAUGAGCGCGCCGACCCCUGGUGCUGGCUGGUCGAGUGGUUGGGCCGACUCUGCGCCCACUCCAGCCGCUGGCGCACCGACCCCCGGUGCUAGUGCCUACUACGGUGCGCCCACUCCUGGUGUGUUCGGUGGGGCGGCAGAGACUCCCGCAGCGGCCCAACUCUGGGGCAAGGUUGACGCCAUCAGCCCAGGAAACACCAGCCGCGCGUUCUAUGAUGAUUCCGAGCACCGUCGCCCGCAGGGCGAUACGGCCAGUCGCGCAGUCUCAUCUAUAUCCACCGAACCUCACCACCCCGGUGGCCCUCCCGUUGGUCCUCCUCCCGGUUUUAACGCGGAGGAAGCGAAGAAGCCCCUACCCCCGGAGAAGCCGGCGCCGAAGAAGGAUGUCGCUGCGAAUGAUUCCGCGGCCGUUACUAAGGAUGUGGGAGCCCAAAAGGCGCAGCCGAGCUCGGUGGUUCCCCACGGAAAGGGGAAUGAGCCUGCUGCGGCGGAUAUUACGGUUGCGAAGACUGAAUCUGCCGCGGUGAAGGAAGGGCAGAAAGAGCAGAAGAAGCUCACUCUCAUGCAGAAGGUCAAGAAGGAGGCGCAGCAUUAUUGGGAUGGGACCAAGCUUCUAGCUGCCGAAGUUAGGAUUAGCUCAAAGCUCGCCGUCAAGAUGGCGGCGGGUUACGAGCUCACUCGGCGUGAGAACCGACAACUCCAGCGCACCGUGCAAGACCUUGCUCGUAUUGUGCCGUUCUCGGUCUUCAUCAUUGUGCCCUUCGCGGAGCUCUUACUCCCCGUUGCUCUUAAGCUCUUCCCCAAUCUUCUUCCCAGCACCUACGAAGGUCAGAAGUCCAAGGAGGCCAAGGCGACCAUGCUCCGGGCUACCCGAAACGACGUCAGCAAGUUCCUGCGGACCACACUUAAGGAGACUGGUUUACCAGUGACUUCUGCUGCGACACAGAGGGAGGAGUUUACCACCUUUUUCAGGAAGGUCAGAACCACGGGCGAGCAGCCGACGCCGGAGGAUGUCAUUAGGGUGUGCCAGAUUUUCAAAGACGACGUGACUCUGGAUAACCUUUCUCGACCACAACUUUACUCCAUGUGCCGGUACCUCAACCUGAGCACAUUCGGCAACGACACAAUGUUGCGGUACCAGGUCCGCCACCGCAUGCGCCAGAUCAAGCGGGAUGAUCGGAUUAUUUCUUUCGAGGGCGUUGAUAGUCUCAACGUCGCCGAGCUCCAGGCAGCGUGUGCGAGCAGAGGCAUCCGAACUUUCAGUGUCUCGCCUGCUCAGAUGAGGAAGGAUCUUCAGACCUGGCUGGAUCUCCGGCUGAGGGAUAAGGUACCUUCGACGAUUCUAGUCCUGAGCAAUGCCUACAUGUACUCCGCCGAGGUAACGGACCAGAUCGACGCGCUCAUCGGGGUCUUGUCGUCGAUUCCUGAGGAGCUCUUCCACGAGAUCGAACUCGAGGUUCACAAUGCCGAGGGCGCGGCCACGAACAAGCAGCGUCUCGAGGUGCUGAAGGAGCAGCAAGAGCUCAUCAAAGAGGAGAACGAACAAAACGAAGAGAGUGAGAAUGUGGGCUUGGCUACUCCUAGGGAUGUGGAUAACAUCGACGAUAAGGACGAGAAGCACUUACACGCCGAGGCUGAGGCGGAGAAGAUCGACCCCGAGAAGCCCGAGGCUCCCAAGAUGGUUGCGGGAGAGGUCGAGGCGACCAAGGUGUCUAAGGAGUCCCAGGAGUCUGAGAAAUAG